AUGACGGAUAAGUUUACCGUCAACCAUACAGCGACAUCAUUCAUGGAACAACUAAAUAAUAGCAUCACUGAUAUACCGACCGAUGCCGUGUCCGAAGAAAUGCGCUGCCAAUACUCGAGCAAACGCUGCUUGAAGGAACGCACUCACAAGAAAAGUGGUGGACUGCACAAAUUCUGUGCCAUGCACCGCGAGAAAGCCAAUCGCAAUCAAAUGCGUCUGGAUCAUCGACGUCGUGUUUUAAAGCAGCAGCAAAGGGAAAAACAUCAGCUACAACAGUCACAUUGGAUGCAACAGGUUCAGACACAGCAGCAGAUGCCGUGGUUUUGCUCCCAGUCAUCUACUGCUAUGGCAGUAGGACAAGAUGUCUGCUAUGGUAACAGGAUGCAGCGCAGUCCUGUUCGCGCCAAGCCCAUGUCACCACCGAACAUGACCAUGAGCAUGUGCUUACCAUUGCAAGUCUAUCAGACAUUGGAGACGCAGCCACAACAGCUCGAGCAGCAGCCAACUUCCAAUCUCCCGCUAUUCGAUCAGCAUGAUCUCGAUAUUUUGGAAGCAAUGCUAUUUACGAGCGACGAAGAGCAAAACGAUGCCACCCCGAUAGGUCAUUGCAGCACGCCCCGAUUCCAUCACUCACCGUCUAUACUUAAUGUUUGA